CGAGGGCGCCCCCGGCCUGCGCCCUCGGUGACCCCAGCCUGGGCGCGCCUGGGAGGCCGGGGUGGGAGGGACCGACUGAGUUUCCAGUCCCGCACCUCGGGGCUGCGCCGCUUCCGCCAGUCCCUGGGGCUUCCCAGAGUAGCCUGGACGCACCGCCUUGGGCUCUGAGCAGCUGACCCGCCGGGCACCUCAGCCUACACCCUGGCAGAUGUGGCCAUGACGCACGCGCUGGAAGGAGGCCAGGUCAGCCUUCCCCGCGCCUGCCACAGGGGGAUCCCCUUAGGCUGUGAAUGGGGUGCGGAGGGCCCCCAGAGGCUGCGGUGCAGCUUGGAGGGGAUCACUGAUUCUCUCCAGAGCUUUGGAAGGAGCCCCCACUGGCUCUCCCUUCCACAGGGUCUCAGAGACUCAUGGACUGAGUCCUGCGGGCUUUCACUGCACAGAUGGAGAAACGGAAUGGUUGUCUCCUGGCAACCCGGGAAGGUAGAGGAAAGGGGUGAAUAAAUUUGCGGCCACCAAAAUGCUAUCCUUUAAAGGAGUCCCUCAGUCCUUGUCAUUAGGUGUGCUUUUACAGAAGAACACACUGCCAAUAAUACUAAGAGCAGAUUAAGCUGGGUGCAUGGCGGCCCAGGCCUGUGAACCCUGACCCAGGAGGCUGAGGCUCGGGGAUGUCCCAGAAUUUGAGCCUAACCUGAGCACAGAUCAAGACCCUGUUUCAAAAAUCAAACAAACAAACAAAAAACAGCAGCAGCUGCCAGGCCCUACGGCAAAGGCAAAUGCGUAGCAACCUCUACUGUCCCUGAACUAGGAGAGGAAGGAAGGUCAUGAGUUCAAGGUAAUACUCAGCCACUUAAGAAGUUUAAGAUCAGCCUGGGCUAGGAGACCCAGUCUCAAUAAAUAAAUAAAUAACAGUGGCCCACGCCUUUAAUCCCAGCACUUGGGGUGCAGAGGCAGUCAGAUUUCUGUGAGUUAGAGACCAGCCUGGUCUACACAGGGAGUUCCCGGCUAGCCCGGGCUACAGAGUGAGGCAGUGUCUCAAAUAAACAAACGGGGAGCUAGAGAGCUGCUCAGGGUUCAGGGUCUCCUCCUGCCCUUUCAGGGAAUCCCCAAGCGAGUGGUCCCCAGCACCCAUGCCGGGUUGCUAACAACUGUGACUCAGCUCAGCUAGGAGUUGAUGCUUCUAUGUGUGUGCGUAAAUGUAUAUUUAUACAUAUUUUAUAUAUGUACGACUUUUUGAGACAAAGUUUCCCUGUGUAGCCCUGGAACUCUGACUGUGGUGCAGGCUGGCCUAGAACACAGAGAUCCGCCCGCCUCUGCCUCCCGAGUGCUGGGAUUAAAGGAGAGAGUAUCUUUCUAAAAAUAAACUUUGAAUAAACAACAACACAUAAUGUUCCUAGUCCCCCAACUAUGUGCCUGACCUGAGCCAAUACCCCACCAAAGGCUUUCCGGGAGGGGGCGGGGCUGCUGUUACCUCAUCUCUUUUUAGAGACGAGAGGGCACCGAGAGGUUUAGCCACGACUGGAGAUCACACAGCCAGCCAGGGCUGAGAUGGCAGUCUGCCCUGGUCCCGCUGACCACCGCCUCCUGGGACCCCCGUGCUCCCCCAGAGCACACGUCUUCCUGCCUCUUCUGUUCUUCCUGUGGACCCUCCUGAGCUGCGGUUUGAGGGGUGCUGCUCAGGGUCCAGGGGAGUGGACGCCCUGGGGGUCGUGGAGCCGGUGUUCCAGCUCGUGCGGCCGGGGCGUCUCGGUGCGCAGCCGCCGCUGCGUCCGACUUCCCGGGGAGGAGCCUUGCUGGGGGGACAGCCACGAAUACCGCCUGUGUCAGCUGCUGGACUGCCCCCUGGGCACCAUGCCCUUCCGGGACCUGCAGUGUGCUCUCUACAAUGGCCACCCUGUCCUGGGCACCCAGAACACCUACCGAUGGGUGCCCUUCCAUGGCGCGCCCAACCUGUGUGACCUCAACUGCCUGGCUGAGGGCCACGCCUUCUACCACAGCUUCGGCCGCGUGCUGGAUGGCACCCCCUGCACCCCGGGGGCCCAGGGUCUCUGCGUGGCGGGCCGCUGUCUGAGCGCCGGCUGUGACGGGCUUCUGGGCUCCGGCACCCUCGAGGACCGCUGUGGCCUCUGUGGGGGUGCCAACGACUCCUGCCUGUUCGUGCAGCGCGUUUUCCGCGACGCCGGUGCCUUCGCCGGCUACUGGAACGUGACGCUGAUCCCCGCGGGCGCCAGGCACAUCCGCGUGGCCCAGCGCAGCCGCAACCACCUGGCGCUGGUGGCCCGGGACGGGCGCUACGUGCUCAACGGUGACGGGGCGCUCAGCCCGCCCGGCACCUACGAGGCCGCGGGCACCCGUGUGACCUACACCCGCGGCGCGGGCCCGGAGGAGACCCUGCAGGCCGCCGGCCCCACCUCCCAGGAGCUCCUGCUGCAGGUGCUGCUGCGGGAGCCCAACCCCGGCGUGCACUUCGAGUUCUGGCUGCCCCGGGAGAGCUACGGCCCCUUCCAGGCUCGGGCGCAGGCCCUGGGCUGGCCCCUGCGGCAGCCUCAGCCCCGGGAGGUGGAGCCGCCGCGCGCGGAGACCGUCGUGGCCCCCGAGGCCAGCCCGGCCCGGGUUGCAUCGCUGGCACCAGACACCUGCGGGCCGUGCCCCGACAGCCGCGGUCGUGCUCACCGGCUUCUCCACUACUGCGGCAGCGACUUCGUAUUCCAGGCCCGUGUGCUAGGCCGGCACCGCCAGGCGCAGGAGACCCGCUAUGAGGUGCGUGUCCUGCUCAUCUACAAAAACCGCACACCGCUGCGCUCUCGAGAGUAUGUGUGGGCGCCAGGCCCCUGUCCCUGCCCACCGCUGGCCCCCCGUCGGGAGUACCUGUUGGCUGCCAGGCGGCUCGUCAGCCCCGAUGGCACACAGGACCGGCUGCUGCUGCCUCACGCUGGCUACGCUCGACCCUGGAGUCCGGCAGAGGACAGCCGAGUCCGCCUGGCCGCCCGGCGCUGUCCAGCCUGAACUUCUGGCGCUUGGACCCUCGCCAGCUCGUGCCGGUGUCCCUUGGCUCAGGAAAAUCUCACCAGGAAGCUUAUAUAUUUUAGACAAGGUCUCUCUGUGUAUGCAACCCUGGCUGGCUUGGAAUUCACCGUGUAGACCAGAUUGGCCUCGACGUCACAGAUGCUCUGACUUUGCCUCCCAAGUGAGUGCUGGCUAGCAGGAAAGGCGCUCCCUAGCUGAGGACUUUCAGAAGCAUCGCAGUCCUGGGCUGCCUUUUGGCUAAGCGACUUCUGUCCGUCCCUUUAUACAUUAUCAUUGGGGGCUGGAGAGAUGGCUCGGUGGAAGAGCGCUGACUGCUCUUCCAGAGGACCCAGGUUCAAUUCCCAGCACCCACCUGGCGUCUCACUUCUGUCUGCAACUCCUGAUCCAGUUGGAUCCAACACCCAACAUACGUGCGGUCAAAACACCAAUGUGUAUAAAAUAAAAAUAAUUAUAGAAAUCA